CCUCGUGAGUAGGAAGUAGAGUUGCAUCCGGAGAAAAGACAAAUCGAAGUUGCCCGACUGCGAUACAGAGAUAGGACGAAAGAGCAGGCUCCAUCUUGUGUUUAGCCUUCCAGUGGGCUUUGAAGCCUAUCAGGCGCCAUGUUAAUUACGGGAACGAGCAGCCAUUUUCCCGUUCCUCAUCCUUUCGCCCGGCUCCAGUGCCCAGACCCAAGCCCCCCACUGCUCAAUGGACAGCCCCAGCCCAGACCCGUUGCCUUCGCCUUUGCCCGGGGAGGAAGAGAAACCUCUGGCCUUACCUCCUCCUGUUCCCCGGGGCCGCCGAGGCCGACGUCCUGGGGGGCCCACCUCCUCGAAUCGGACGCUCAAGGCCUCCCUCCCUCGCAAGCGGGGCCGCCCCCCCAAGUCGGGGCAGGAGCCCCCGCUGGCGCAGGGGGUGACAGCCCCCGUGGGCAGCGGCGGUGGCAGCGACCUCCUGUUGAUCGAUGAUCAGGGUGUGCCCUACACAGUCUCUGAAGGGUCAGCGGCAGGCGGGCCUGAGGGCUCUGGCCCUAAGAAGGCCCCGCACUUCUGCCCGGUGUGCCUGCGGGCCUUCCCCUACCUCUCCGACCUGGAGCGCCACAGCAUCUCGCACUCAGAGCUGAAGCCGCACGAGUGCAAGGAUUGCGGCAAGACCUUCAAGCGGUCCAGCCACCUGCGGCGGCACUGCAACAUCCAUGCCGGCCUGCGGCCCUUCCGCUGCCCGCUGUGCCCCCGCCGCUUCCGCGAGGCGGGCGAGCUGGCCCAUCACCACCGCGUCCACUCCGGGGAGCGCCCCUACCAGUGCCCGGUCUGCCGGCUGCGCUUCACGGAGGCCAACACUCUCCGGCGCCAUGCCAAACGCAAGCACCCUGAGGCCAUGGGGGCACCCCUGUGCCCCCCGGACCCAGGGCCUCAACCACCGUGGGACGACGAGGGCAUCCCGGCCACGGCAGGGGCUGAUGAGGAGGAGUUGGAGGGCAAAGAGCUGGCCUGACCCACACCCCCAGCUACCGCUCCCCGGGCCGGGUUUAGAGCUGGGAGUUCGGCUGGUGCUGGGCCUGGGCUGGGAGGUCGGGACACUCUCCUGUCUGGCGGUCUUCCCGUUGUGGGAGGGGCUUGAGGGUGAGGACCUAAACUUCUGGUUCUUGCUGCCUCCUGCCAUCUUCCCGCGGACUAACAGGCCCUUGGAGGCAGGGGCUGUGGAAAUAAAUCUCUGCCUACUGGC